AUGGAGGGAGUCUCACCUCUGCUCUACAUCACCAGCUGCUCGGACUUGUUCACUGCUCUGCUCAACAUGCUCUGGGCUGGAAGGAUGGAGCUUUUCCUCCUUCACUACCCCUUUACCUGUCUGCUCAUUGCCUUUCUAGUCCUCUACCAGGUGAAACCUGCAUUCAGAUUCUUCUGCAAGAUGACCUUCUAUAAAUUAUGGCUCUUCACCAUAAGCAUUGGGGUUGCCAUCCUCAGUAUUCCUCGUGGACGUAACGUGGACAACAUGAUGUUUUUGCGCACAUUGACCGUGCCACUCAAAUACAUCUUUGGCAUUCAGAUAGUGGUGAAAGGCAAGGAGAACCUCAGGACUAAGAAACCUUUUGUCCUGGUGCUGAAUCACCAGACCUCCCUUGACAUCAUGGUGAUGAUGGAGAUAUUGCCAAGGCGCUGUGUGCCCAUUGCAAAGAAGGAGAUCCUGUACAUGGGCACAUUUGGCCUGGCCUGCUGGCUCGCAGGGGUCAUCUUCAUCGACCGCAAGAGGAGGGAAGAGUCCAUUGGCACCCUGACAGAGGUGGCACACUCCCUGCACAAGGACAAUUUGCGUGUCUUGAUCUUCCCUGAAGGAACUCGCAACCAUGGUGGCUCCAUGUUGCCCUUCAAACGUGGGGCCUUCCAGCUGGCUGUGAAAGCCCAGGUCCCCAUUAUUCCUGUAGUGUUGUCUUCCUACAACAACUUCUACAACCAGAAGGAGAAGAAAUUUACACCAGGAAAGAUGAUCAUCCAGAUUCUGCCAGAAGUGGAGACGCUGGGCCUGGGCCCAGAUGAUGUUCCCAAGCUGACCGAGCAGGUCCGUGACUCCAUGCUCUCUGCCUACCAGGGGAUAUCGGGAAUGAUGAAUGGAGCUUCCCAUUAGCAAUCCCACCUUCCAGUUCCAGCUGUGUGUGCCACAGUGCAGGGGAGGCCAUGACAACCACAGAAAGGUCUGGCAGCAGAGACAACUGUGGAUUGCAACGCUGACAAACCAGAGA